GAAUUGCCCGCCUCACAGGAACUACGCAUGCGCAGUAGAGCCUCCCAGGCUCCUCCCUUCCCUGUAGAGGACCUGUUUCAACAUGACUAAGGGUACCUCAAGUUUUGGUAAAAGAAACGACAAGACCCACACCCUCUGCCGAAGGUGUGGCCGCAAAUCCUACCACAUACAGAAGAAGAGGUGUGCUGGGUGUGGUUACCCCGCCAAGAGAAAGAGGAGAUUUAAUUGGAGUGAAAAAGCCAAGAGGCGGAACACCACAGGCACUGGUCGUAUGCGAUACCUAAAGAUCGUCCACAGAAGGUUCCUCAAUGGCUUCAAGGAGGGGAGCCAGCCUCUUUCAAAACAAAAGAUCAAGUCUAUUCGGAUUGCCACUCGACAGAGGAAACUACAGAGGCAGCAGCAGCGACCGGCCAAACCAGCUGCUACAUAGUGACUGAUUAUAAUUAUUAAUAAUUGUGUCAUGUGACAUAUUAUACUAUUAAUAUUCCUGCGUCUCUUUAAUGGAAGAUCUUAAAUAUUUCACACAAAAUCAUUAAA